CUCAAACUUCAUUCCUUUCUUUACUCUCUUUAGCUUGGCACCUUCUACUACUCAUCUUCCUUUCCCUUUCUUCUCUCUCUCUCUCUCUCUCUCCCUUGCAAACAACAAACACAACAACACAGUUAACUGUUGAACAAGAAACAAUGGAGAACAACAUAAUUUCCAUAUGUGAUCACAUGCCUGUAGGAUUCAGAUUCCGUCCCACAGAUGAAGAGCUUGUGAACUAUUACCUCAAACACAAGCUUCUGGCCGAUGAUUUCCCUGUCCACAUCAUCCCUGAGAUCGACCUUUGCAAAGUGGAACCUUGGGAUGUACCAGAAAGAUCAGUGAUCAAAUCCGAUGACCCAGAAUGGUUUUUCUUCAGUCCUGUGGAUUACAAGUACUUGAAGAGUAAAAGGUUUAACAGGACAACCAAGCGUGGCUACUGGAAAACCACUGGGAAUGACCGGAACGUUAAGAUACCGGGCACCAACAAUGUCAUUGGGACUAAGAAGACCCUUGUUUUCCACGAAGGCCGUGUUCCCCGUGGUGUCAAGACCAACUGGGUUAUUCAUGAAUACCAUGCUGUUACCUCCCAUGAAAGCCAGAGGGAUUUUGUUUUAUGCCGCUUGAUGAAGAAAGCUGAGAAAAAAAAUGAAGGGGGAAUUGAGGCACCAACCUUUGAUGAAGGGGAGCCCAGUGUACACUUGUUUUCUGACUAUGGAAAUCAGGUAGAUAUUAUUCCCGGAGUAGAUAUGGAAGAAAUCUUUCAGGCAGUGGAUCGGGCCGAGAAAUUCUCCCCCCCAGUACAACGGUCUCAAACUGGCAUUGGGCUGGAAGAUUUUUUCGCAAACUCUCCAUUGUUUGAUGCCCACUUUGGAAGCGAAAACAUCAAUAUGCAAACUUCACUUGAAGUUACCGACGAUGAAGAGUUGGUAAAUUCAUUUUGGGUUGAUGAUGAAGAAUUUGUUAUCAAUGAAGAAAGAAGACACUGUUUUGUCAAUAGUUCCACCCAACCAAAGUCAUUUAGAAGGGUAUACAAUGAAAGCAGUGAAAUAGAUGCUGAAGUUGUCUCUAAUCUGAAUGAACACAUUAGUGCUGAUGAAUACCCUGCACUGAAAAUGUUUCAAUCAUCAUAUGAUGUCCGUGGUGGCACAAGUCGUCUAGCUUCUAACCAUAAAGCAAACAAAGAGAAAAAGGAGAGUAUCAUUCCAGAUGAUUUUUGGGCUGUGGAGACAUCCUCUUGUGACUCAACUGCAGAUGAACCAAUUGAAAUUUCUAGUUCUCCUUCCACUCCAACAAGAAUGAAAAAUCAGUGUCAUCUAAGACCUGACAAGUUCAUAUUACAAAGAACUGUUGCAGGAAGACCUCAAAUACAAAAGCAAGUUUCAAACAAUGCAGUCUCCCAUGUAGAGGUUCGGAAGGAAUUGCUCACUGUGAAAUCAGAAAAAGAUCAGAAAAAUGCUCAAAACGCUAGUUUAAGAGGGAACUUCAAAAACAAAAGCCAACAAUCCUCUGAUGUCAACAACAAUGCUAAUCUGUUUGGUGGUUCUUCAAAGCAGUAUCUUAAUAUGCCUAUGAUGGCCUCCACUGAAAAUGUUUUGAUGCUGUUAAAAACAUGCUGGUAUGCGUGUCAGCACGCACUUUCUCCUUUCUUAGUUGCUACUUCUGCAUCUCCCCUUCCCUUCUUUCAUUCUUUGUCACAAAACUACAAAGUCACUGAGUUUAGUGCUUCGGCAAAACCAAUGGAUGAUGAUAUUGUAGGACUCGGUUUUCGUCCAACAGAAGAAGAACUUGUGGACUUUUACCUCAAACACAUGUUGCUCGGCAAUGAUCCCCGUGCCCACGUCAUCCCUGUCAUUGAUCUUUGCGAUGUGGAACCUUGGGAUGUACCAGUGAUGUUAGCAAAAUCAUCAUCAACUAUACGAUUUGGUGACCCAGAUUGGUUUUUCUUCAGCCCUGUUGAUUUCAAGUAUUCAAGAAGUAAAAGGUUUAACAGGACAACCAAGUGUGGCUUCUGGAAACCCACUGGAGUAGACCGUGAAGUUAGGACCUUUGAGACCAACACUCUAAUUGGGACUAAGAAAACUCUUGUUUUCUAUAAAGGCCGUGUUUCCCGCGGUGUCAAGUCCAUCUGGGUUAUUCACGAAUAUCACGCUGUUACCUUUCAUGAGAGCCAGAGGACUUUUGUUUUAUGUCGCUUGAUGAAGAAACCUGGGAAAACAACUGAAGGCGGAACUGAUGCACUCAUCUGUGAUGAAGGGGAGCCCAGUAGACACAUGAUUUCUGUCUAUGGAAAUCAGGAAAAAGCAGAAGGAAUUCCAUCUGGAAGUACUUGUAUUGGAAUGGAAACAAUCCUUCAGGCAACCCCUCAGGCAGAGAAAUACUUCUCUCCAAUACACCAGAGUCAAACUGGUAUUGAGGAAGAAGCAUCUUUUUCAAGCUAUCCAUUUAACAAUGCCUAUUUUAGAAAUGAAAACAACCCUAUGCAGACUUCAUUUGAAACUACAGAGGAAAUGCAGACUUCAUUUGAAAUUACUGAGGAAGUUGAAUUCCUAAACUCAAUUUUAGUUGAUGAGAGUUUUGUUAUCGAUAAAGAAAGUAUGCAUGUUUUUGUUAAUAGCUCCACCCAAUCAGAGUCAUUGAGUGAUACAGAUGCAGAAGUUGUCUCUAAACUGGAUGGCAAUACUGUGGAUAUUUCAACAGUGUGCCAUGAAUAUCCUAAUUCAGAUGAAUACCAUUCAUCAAAAAGGUUUAAAUCAUCACAUGAUGUUGUCCAUGGUGGCAUAUGUUUUCCAUCUUCUAAUCCUGAAGCAAAACAAGAAACAAAGGAAAGCAUGUUUCAAGAUGACUUGUGGGGAUUGGAAACAUCCUCUUGUGAGUCAACUGCAGACAAACCUUUGAAGAUUAGUUGCAUUGAAAUUUCUAGUUCUCCUUCCACUUCAUGGAGAUGGGAAAAUUAAUAUCAACAGACUGGACAACUUCAUAUGAUGGGAACUAAGAUCCUAGUUAGCUCCAUUAAUGGAUCGGUGGUAGUUAAUUAUUAUAAGUAAAUGUUAUAAAAAAUGACUGAUCUCUAAUAGCAAGUCUAUUAGAAAACUGUUCUAUGCUAGAAACUGCAUGAUGACAAUUAUGCAUAGAAAAUACUACAUUUAUUAGCAGUUAUGUAUUACGAUUUAGGAGUACAUGUGAUAGGAGGCUGGCCCAAGCAUACCACUCACAUGCCUCUUAGGUUUAAAAACUAUAUUUAAUUUGGACUUAAGUUGUUAUUUCCCUAAAAUGGCCCAGCUAUAUCGGACAUUUCUUUGUAGUCCACUUUAUGCUAGGUCUUAGUUUGUAUUUAAAAGGGUACUGUUGCUUUGAAUCAUUAUGAAUGGAAAAUAUGAUGUUCAAUUUAUCUUC